AUGCUGGAGCCAGUAAACCCGGGCCCAGGUGCCAGGCCAUCUGCAGUCGCAGCAUUCAAGGCUGCUGCUGAUAAAUGGCGACGCGACGCAUUGGAGUUUGCUUCGCGAGCUUACUGUACUUCGAGACAAGAACUUAAUCUUCUAAGUCGUUUAAAACAUUCGAAUAUCGUCUGUCUUAUUGGGGUUUGUGUUUCCCCUCUCUCCCUCAUAUUCGAACUUGCUCCUCUUGGAGCUCUAAAUCAGCUUUUGGCCAGCCAUAGAAAAAGCGGUGCUCGUCUGGGCCUUUCUGUUCUUCGGGAUUCAGCUGUGCAGGUGGCCAAGGCUCUUGAGUAUUUACACUCGGCACACAUCAUUUACCGGGAUCUCAAGAGCGAAAAUGUUUUGGUGUGGCGAUUCCCAUCCCCAUUCGGGCCUCAAACCGACGUG